AGUGAAUUGAUAAAAUUGUGUUUUUCUAAACGCACAAAUCCGGUUGUUAUUACUGAUGAUUUAGUUGACGCAAUCUAUGGACUUUCACGAGACAUUGAUCAUCCAAAUGUCAACGUCAUUGAUCACAACUAUCAAGCAAGACAAAUCACAAUAUUCAAUCGUACCUAUCCGACGUAUAUUCUUCCCGCUAAUUCAGCUAGUCAAUUGAAAAAUCUGUUACAUGUAUUGAAGUCAUCGCCGACAUGGAGCAUUAAAACUGUAUUUUUCAUCAUUGGAACCAACGUAGAAUCUUGUGGCAACGCUUCGAAAAUGCUCCAAGUUCUCUGGAAAUUGAAUUUGAUCUCAGCAUUCUACGUCUGCUACGAGCCGAAUGACAAAGAGUCGAUGAUGCUGUACACGUAUAAUCCUUUUACCAACCGAGCUCCUGAACCGUGGGUGGAAGUGGAAUCAACCGACAGACCAGACGAUCGAUGGAGUUUGUACAAGCAGCCUUACACAAACGACAAAGACGCUUGUAAAAGUCUCACUUGUAAAAGCUAUGUUAGUUAUGCGGAAACUUUAUUUUCUGCUUUAAAUGUUACACCCAUCAUAUACUAUGAUCAAAAAGGUUACUGGAAUAAUCAUACUGCAUCUGGGUAUAUGACGGUAUUAAUGGAUAGUACAUAUAAUUUGGCUUUAAAUAUACGCAAGCUCCAACCCAUACCCAAGAUCGAUUUUAUAAAUUGGAAUCGUCAAACUUACGACAUGAUGAUCACUCAGCGCAUAAAUAUUGUUCGGACAGUUAAAAACGAUGAAACAUUUUUAAAUUUUGGAACUAUUAGCGUAACAAUUCUUAUUUUAGUGGUAACGUUCGUGAUUUUAGUAAUCCACAAUGGUCGUGAUUAUGGCGACGGGUUCUUGGAUAUUAUUCGGAUCUCCAUAGGUUCUGGAAUAGACGCGCCGUUAGAUAAAUUACCGGUCCGCGUUACUUUUAUCAUGACAACUUUGUUAUUUUUUGUCGUCACUCCAGAUAUACAAGGUCAAAUUUUCUCCUACUCGACUAAACCUGAACGGUCUUACCCUCAAAAUUUAAAAGAUUUGAGAGACUUUAAGUUCAAUAUUCACUACGCCAAACACUUGAAAGAUUUCAUUCUAGAACAGAAAUUAGUUUGGAAUUUGAAUAAAACGUACUUGCGACCGUUCUAUUAUCAUCCCGCACAGUGCUACGAUAAAGUUUUAAAUGAUAGUUCUAAUGCUUGUCUGGCUGUACAAAGUUAUCAAGUACAAGCUGCAUAUGACUAUAACUUGCAUUUGGCUAAAAAAAAAAAAUUGAAUCCUGCGUAUAUAUCUUAUUGGGCAAAGAAAGAUUGGGUCCUCAAGGAUAAAGCUCAGAAAGAAACUUCGAAAUUUCUAGAAAUGGGUCUUUUUGAUUUCUGGGAUAAGCAGCAAUCAAAAUACAUUUUUGAGAAGUUCAAAGCUAAGGAAACAGUUGAAAAUGCAGGUACAGAAUAUGAUGAUAUCGAAUUUGAAAAUUUAGCAAGCAUUUACUUAUUUAUUUUUCUUAGUUAUUUACUUGGCAUAUUGAUUUUUGUCACCGAAAUACUAAUUGUAAAGUAUAAGGCAGAACGACAUAAGAAAACGAUAAUUCGAACACUUGAAAAACGCGUUAAGUACGUCGGAGGUCGGCUUAUUCCAAUAAAAUAG